AUGAGCGGCCCGCAGGCGGGGUUUCUUACAACCUAUAACAGCCUUACAGACAAACACUUGGCUGGAUAUUUCAGCAACAGGAGGAUAAGACGACAUCUGCAGAGAUCAGGACUGAUCUCAAAGAGUGGAAGAAUAAUACCCGAGAAGGAGUACCGGCUAAAUGCCAUGAGGAAGGACCACCAGAAAUAUGUACAGGAGUGUUUGGCUCAGGCCAUAUUUCAUAAGGUCCUUGACAUGGAGCGUCAUCAUCAACUGGAAAUAAAAAGGAGACUUGAAAAUUUUGUGAGGAAGGAAAGGGUGCAAAAAAUCAAGGUGGAACAAUCCAGAAGGUCUGUGAAAGAUGCUAACCUUGUACUUUCCCCACAUCCACCACUUGGUCCAAGAAGUCAUUAUGGGCUCCUUCCUCUAGUGACUGGAGAACAAGCUAGACAUUCACAAUUGAGAGCACAGGGACCUCUAGUUGAUCUUAACCCUGGACGUCCUUAUCAUCAUCACCAACAAAAGGAGUCUGUAUUUUUAGGAAUGACUGCUGCUUCUCGGCCAAAUACCGCUCCAGGAAACCUGCAGGGCCCCCGUCAGCACCAGCCCCUUGGCAGUGCUGCUGCCRUGCAGAACAUCUCAGACCUUAAGCGGAGGAGCCCCACGCUUGACAAUGAUCAGCAGUUUGCCAGUGGGGGGGAGAAGAGUCAGUUAAGACUUAUGAACUCGGUAGAAUAUGUGACUGGUAUGUCCCCGUAUCGACUGCCCAUCAUUAACAAUUAUGUGAUACCAGUGCCACCUCCUCCUCUGCAAGCAGGAGGCAGGAGUGUAAAAACAGGGAGAAAAGGGAUGCCCAGGAGAAGACGGUUUCGUCCCACCACUGCACCAAAUGACUUGGAGCAACUUUUAACAAAGAAUUCUGGAAAAUUCCACAGGCCCUCAUUACGUAGCGAUGCACUUGUUACCAUGAUCUUCUUAGGAAAAGGUGUGUGUUUAUCUCAUGAUGAUGUUGAUUUCAGAGAUGAAAUCAAAGUCUAUCAGCAGCACUGUGGAGGAGAAAACUUGUGUGUUUACAAAGGCAAGCUCCUGGAAGGAGAGACCUUUCAGUUCAUCUCCAGAAGGCACCAUGGCUUCCCAUUCAGCCUCACCUUUUUUCUCAAUGGGAUGCAGGUGGACAGGUUGAGCUCUUGCUGUGAGUACAAACAUCAGAAGCAUUCCAGGCUGGGAGGCAGACAUGGAUAUUUUGGUUUUCUCAAUGUGGAGAGAGCGUCUCCUUGCUAUAGGUGCAUUAUUGCAAUGGGCCUGGACAAAAAGCCGUCCCCUCCCAAGAAGAAGACAGAGGAGGGGAGCAGUGAGAAGGCAGCAGGGCCCYGGGGAGCCGGCGUGCCCGGGGAGCCCAGUGAAAGCCAUGCGGAGCAGAAAGCAGGACAGGAUCCAAUGGUAGCCAUUUCAUCGGGUCACGGAGCACAUAUGGAACCUGUGGAGGACACAACGGAGACAAGAGAGCAGUACACAAGAGCAGGAAUGAAAGAACUGUCUCAUCAUGAGAGUGAAGAUAGACAAGAAGACAUGGGUAAAAAUGACUAUGAUGAAGAUUUUGAAGCAGAUGAAGAAGUUAAUAAAGAAGGACAGACUAGUGAUCAAAUGAGUGGAAUGUCAAAGUCAUCCACAGAUGAUGAAAAAGAAAAUCUAGACCAUGAAAAAGAGAGUAGAAAUUCAACCCAGAAGGCAGUGCAGGCCACAGACAGUGAGAAAGAUGAAAGUGAUGGACGCUCCGACAGCACCUCAGACGGUAGUAAACAAGAUAGGAGGUCUGCGCUCUGCUCCUCAUCCAUGAGUACUUUGUACAGCAGUGAAGAUGACUCUGCUGAAAACUUCAAAGACAACGUUAAGGACAACGAGGAGUGUGAUACUGAAAGGCCAGCUGGCAGCGUAGCUCACGCAGGGUGUGGAAGUGAGAAUGGGAAGAAURAUCGAUCCGGAAUAGAGGACAACCCAGAAACAUUUGCACUGGAAGAAGAAGGAAUAGAUGACGCAGAAGAGCGAGAAGCAGCAAGGGUAAACACUGAUUUUUUUCAUGAAAGUGUAAUGGCAAUGCAGCAUCAAGGUCCCAAAGUUAGCAGGCAGCUCGAACACGCUGGGUCAGUAGAAAGUGACACAAGGGAAGAUGGGGAGAAGGCGGCACAUACUGGGAAGGAAGAUGUCCUAGUGUCCUUGGAAAGUCGUGUGAUGGAAGUGGAGGAUAGAAGUGAAGAGUCUCCUCAGAGUGACGAAGGAGGGGAUUGCAAAUCAGCCCAAGAGAAAAUAACAGACACAAUUGAAGAUGAUCAUCACGUGAAUCCUGAGCUUGAAACUAGUGAUUCCAGAGUGGAUGGGAAAGAAGAGAACUUAACAGGCACAGAGUGUGCUCUCAGUGAAGCACCAGAUGGAGCUUCCUUGGCAGAAGAGAUGAGAACACUUGAAAUACAAAAGGCAGAAGAACAAGUGGUACAAGAAGGGCAGAUGAUGGGAGAGAAACAAGUCCUUGAAAAUGAAGACUUUGUAGCUGAGGAAGUUGGUGCUUGCAGUGAAGAGGUGGGACAGGAAACAGCACUGGAGGAGGAUCUGCUGUCCCAGGAAGACACCAUAGCUGGGAUGCUGGUGGAGGCUCAACUUGCUGUAGAAAAAUCUGCACCUAAGGAAGAGAGGGCCAUGACAGAAGAAGAUUCAAAAGAAGAGGAGACAGGAAGAGGUGGAGAGGUGCCCUUUGGGGAGCAGGGAGUGUUGAAGGCUGCAGAAGCGCUGGGAGGAGCAACGCCUGAGGGAGCAGAGGUGUUACAGGCCGUGGUGUGGAGGGGCAGGGAGGUGGAUGGAGCGGGGCCCAAGGAGCAUCGGGCAGAGCAGGAUGCUGUGCAAGGAGCCUCUGAGGCCAAGGAGGUGCUGAGCGAGAGUGCGGCCGAGGCAGGGGAGGCUACGGAGGAGGGAGGUGUCGCAGGUAAGGAGGUUGUGGAGGUCGCUGUGGCUGAGGGGCAGGAGGCUGUGGGAGACACAAAGUUGGCAGAAGAGCUUGUGGGGGAGGUGAGCCCUGAGGCAGAAGAGGCUGGGGAGGAAGCUGCUUCUGAAGGACAGGAAGCUGUGGAGAAGUUUGGGGCUCUACUGGAAGCAUCAGGGGAGAUGGAUCUUUGCACAGAAGCAGCAGCACGGGGAAGAGAAGAGCUUAAGAAGUCCAGUGAGUUUCCCCAGCUGGAAGCAGCUGGGGAAGAGGGAAUGGAGGCUGGGAAAGCUGCCCGGGGAGCUGCAGUGUCCAACAUGGAUGAACCCUCAGAGAUGGGGUGGUGGGACCUGCAGUGGAGCCGGCAGAGCCGGCCCUGA